AUGGGGAACCCAGUGACAGUGCUAGCGCCCUCCCUCCUCCUCCUGCUUGCUGGGCAGGGUGCUGAAGCCUGUGAUGCCAGAGAAUGCUGUUUUCAGAACCUGCCAUAUCCGGACGCAGACUCAGGCUCAGAUGCCGGCCCCAGGGACCUGAACUGUUACCGAAUACCAACAUACAGCGCCAUUUACGAAUGCUCCUGGCACUAUCAGGGUGCCACGGCGGGGGUCAGCCACUUCCUGAGGUGCUGCCUCAAGCCAGGGCGUUGCUGCUACUUCGAGGCUGGCUCGGCCACCAAGGUGCAGUUCUCCGACCAGGAUGGCAUACCCGUGCUCCGUGAAGUUACCUUCUGGGUGGAAUCCCGGGUUGCCAACCGCACAGAGAAGUCACCUGAGGUUAAGGUGACACUACACAGCUGGGUUAAAUAUGACCCUCCUGAAAACAUGAUGGUGUCCAGGUCAGGAGAUCGGCUGUCUGUGACGUGGGAGCGCCCAGCCCGUCAGGAUGACGCCGAAGUGCAGUUCAAGCACCAGAUGUCUGAUGGCUCGUGGAAGUGUGGUGACUGUGGAAGGCAAGAUGAUGCUAGCCUCGAGUCAUGUCCCUGGGGCACAGAUGUGGCUCAGGGAUUUCAACUCCGUAGGCGACGGCGAAGGCCGAGGGGUCCCUGGAGCAACUGGAGCCUUGUGUGCAUCCCCCUUGAAUCCCCUGCUCAACUCAAGUUGAAUAUCUCGCUGGAGUCACUUGGCCAGGAUGGGAGGAGGCAGCUGACCCUGAAAGGGCAGCCUUUGUUUCCAGAAGGCUGUGACAGGCUGGAGUCUACCUGGAAGGCUUACCAUAUCCACCUACACAUGUUGUCCUGCCCGUGCAAGACCAAGGCCACAGACACGAGGCCCCUCCACCUAGGGAAAGCAUUCAACCUCUCGGGUGCUGCCUACGACCUAACUGUUGUCUCCACGCAUGGUUUUGGCCCCAAUUGGACAUGGCAUAUCCCUGCCGAAACCCAAACAGAAACAGGGGUCCUGAAUAUCAGCAUCAGCGCCAACGGGACCACCAUGCAUUGGCCAGCCCCAGCCCAGGGCAUGACAUACUGCACUGUGUGGCAGUCCCAGGGCCAGAAGGAAAGCUCUGCCUCCUGCAUUGUGAAUGAGCCCGAGGAGGGAGACCCUGAUGGAACAGCAACCCACAACUGGAAUCAAAUGUUUGGGGCAAUGUGGCAGGAGGUAUGUUACCGCAUCACAAUUUUUGCCUCUGCAUGCCCGGAGGAGCUCACCUCGUGGUCUACCGUCUUGUCCACCUACCACUUUGGGGGCAAUGCCUCAGCAGCUGGGAGGCCACAACAUGUGUCAGUGAAGAAUUUCAGCUCCAGUUCUGUGUGCCUGAACUGGACGCCGCCCCCGCUGAGUGCCUGUCCUGGCGUCUUGAAGCAGUACGUCGUGCGCUACACGGAGGAGGACAGCAGCCAGGUGUCUGAAUGGCCUGUGGCUCCUACAAAGACACAUGCCAUCCUCCAUGGCCUGCGGGCUGGUGCAGCCUACACCGUGCAGGUGCGGGCGGAUACAACUUGGCUACAAGGCACCUGGAGCCAGCCCCAGCGUUUCAGCAUUGAAGCCCAGGUUUCCAUGUUGUUCAUUUUCCUGGCAUCUCUGGGGAGCUUCCUGAGCAUCUUUCUCCUGGGUAUCCUUGGCUACCUCGCUCUGAACAGGGCAGCACAGUACCUGUGCCCACCCCUGCCCACACCCUGUGCCAGCACCGCAGUCAAAUUCCCUGGAAGCCAGUGGAAGCAGGACUGGUUUUGGGUCAGCUCCGCAGACAACCCGGAGGAGGUGUCCCCACAAGAAGUCCUGGUGGUGAACAUGUCCUGGGAUGAAGGCGAGGGGGCCAACCUGGACACACCCAAACCUCUCAAGGAGGAGAUGUUGCUGCCUCAGAGGGCCCCAGGGCCCAUCUUUGACAUGGAGCUGCCCUUGGCGAACCGGAGGCAGGUGGGAGGGCACCCUGAGGCUGGGGCUCUGGGCCCUGGCAGGCAGGAAGAUCUGGAGGGCACCCCUACCCAGGGAGCUGCACUCCCACUGCUCCCGGGAAAACAAAUGCAUGGCCCCAGGUUUCGUGCCACUGGGAACAUGGACCUGGAAGCCUGA